AUGAAGGCCUCUCUUUUCUCGCUGGUUGCCGCUCUUGCGAGCACGGCCACGGCUCAGGUCCAGGGCAAGGCGUUCGGUUUCGCCGCCGGGACUACCGGUGGUGGCUCGGCCGCGCCUCAGUACCCUUCCAGCAUUGCUCAGCUGAAGGAGUGGCUUACUGACAGCACGCCGCGGACCAUUAUGAUCGACCGCACCUGGGACUUCCGCAACACCGAGGGCACGACCAAGGGCCGCUGUUGCAGCGACAACCGCACUACCAAGUGCCCCGGCGGCACGUCCAAGGGCCAGACCUGGAUCCAGGACACCUGCGACGCGGCCAGCGGCACCUGGGUCGACUGCACGUACGACAAUGCGGCCAAGACCCCGAUCGACGUCAACAGCAACAAGAGCAUCGUCGGCGUCGGGUCCAAGGGCGUCAUCAUCGGCAAGGGCUUCCGCGUGCGCGGCGGGAAGAGCAACGUAAUUUUUCAAAAUAUUUUUAUCACCAACCUGAACCCGCAGUACGUCUGGGGCGGAGAUGCCAUCACGCUCGACGGGUCGGACCGGGUGUGGAUCGACCACUGCAAGAUCUCGCUCAUCGGGCGGCAGUUCAUCGUCUCGGGCUGGGGCGCGGCCGGCAAGGUGACCAUCUCCAACAACGAGUUCGACGGCCGGUCCGAGUGGUCGGCCGGGUGCAACGGCAAACACUACUGGACGGCGCUCCUGAUCGGGGCCAAGGACUACUACACCUUCUCCGGCAACUGGCUGCACGACGUCUCGGGCCGCUCGCCGCACAUGGGCACCAAGAACACGGCCGGCAGCGAGAACCUGUUCCACGGCGUCAACAACUACUUCCAGAACGUCGGCGGCCACGCCUUCGACAUUGACGGCAACACCUGGGUCCUGCUCGAGGGCAACUACUUCGACGCCGUCACCACCCCCGUCACCCCGGCCAGCCUGACCAACGGCGGCAACAUCUACAUCGUCAACACCGUCGACGAGGCCUCGCGCUGCGUCUCGUCCCUGGGCUACAUCUGCGAGUGGAACCGCUCCCGCGACUCGGGCGUCGUCAACACCCUCACCAGCUCCGCCGCGCUGUCCAAGCUGGGCGGCUUCAAGUCCUCGCUCAUCGGCCACAUCGGCGUCGCCGACGUGCCCGCCAAGGUCAAGGCCAACGCCGGCGUUGGCAAGACCACGAGCACCAACGCUUGA